UUUAUUGGUCUCCACUGCGGUUGCGCAGAGCAGCGAGCUCCACCGCCUGCUCCCAGUGUGUGUUUCCACUGUUGUUCCCAGCUAACGGAGAGCGAGCUGAGAUCUUCAGGGUUUCAUGGAAAACAGACUGAAUAUAUCUGCUGAUAAACUAGCCUGAGGGGAGAAAGAAGAGGAGGAGGAGGAGGAGGAGAGGAAGAGCUGCAGAAGAGAAGGAGAGACACAGGAGGAGAAGAAGAGGACAGGAGGACAGGGAGAGAAAGAAUCGGGACACAAAAAUGCUGCAGAUUUGAGUGAAAGAUGUCCAACGCCAUCGUGGAAGCGACCAACAUGCUCCCCAUCCUCAAGAAGAAACUGGCCUUUCUGUCAGGGGGCAAAGACCGGCGCAGUGGUCUGAUCCUGACCAUCCCUCUCAGUUCAGAUCAGACCAGCAUGGAGGAGCUCAGCGCCACACUGGACUACCUGCUCAGCAUCCCCAGUAAGAAGUGUAAGGCCCGGGGUUUCACCGUUAUCGUGGACGGACGAAAGUCUCAGUGGAACAUUGUGAAGACUGUGGUGCUCAUGUUGCAGAAUGUGAUUCCAGCCGAGGUGUCGCUGGUCUGCGUGGUGAAGCCAGAUGAAUUCUGGGAUAAGAAGGUCACACACUUCUGCUUCUGGAAGGAGAAAGACCGCUUGGGUUUCGAGGUGAUCCUGGUUUCGGCCAAUAAGUUGACUCGUUACAUUGAACCCUGUCAGCUGACGGAUGAUUUUGGGGGAAGUCUGGACUACGAUCACAACGACUGGCUCAACAAGAGACUGGUUUUUGAGAAGUUCACCAGGGAGUCGACAUCACUGCUGGACGAGCUGUCGAUUAUCAACGACAGUGACAAGAGCAGCACUGUGGACAAGGAGAAAUCAGCUGACUGCGCCCUUUUGCCAUCCUUUGACCCCGAGACUGUCCUUCAGACCGGUCAUGAGCUGCUGUCGGAGCUGCAGCAGCGUCGUUUUAACGGCUCAGAGGGAGAAAGAGGACAGGGAGGUCCAGCCUGGUGUCCCAUGGACGAGGAGCUGCUGGCUCAGCCUCAGGUGAUGAAGCUGCUGGACUCGCUCAGGGAGCAGUACACCAGAUACCAGGAGCUCUGCCGGCAGCGAAACAAACGCACCCAGCUGGACGAGAUCCACGCCAAGGUCAUGCAGGUUGUCACCUGGCUGCAGGGUCCAGGUUUAGAGCUGUUGAAGACUCAGCAGGCGAUCGGAGACUCGAUGCGAGCGGCUCAGGCCCUGCAGCAGAAACACGAGGAGAUCGAGAGCCAGCACAGUGAGUGGUUUGCGGUGUAUGUGGAGUUGAACCAGCAGAUCGCUGCCUUGCUCAGUGCCGGGGAGGAGGAGGAGGUGGUGGAGCUGAAGGCGCUGCAGCAGCAGCUCAGCGACGUCUGCUACCAACAAGCAGCUCAGCUGGAGGGCCGACAGAACGUCCUGCAGGCGGCCCAGGGCUUCCACAGCUCCACACAGGAGUUGUCCCAGCAGUUGGACGGUCUACUGGGCAUGCUCUGUGCAGAUGUGGCUCCAGCUGACGGAGCUUCGAUUCAGCAAAACCUCAAACUGUUGGAGGAGAAGCUGCAGACCGUCGAGGCGGGUCUUGGGUCUCUGCGUCAGAAGGGAGGGCUGUUAAUGGAGCAGGUGUGCACCCAGCCGUCAUGGCCUCUGGAGGAAACAGUUGAGAGUCCCGCUGGAGAACAGCAGGACAACGUUCAGCACGUCCAGACUGUGAUGGAGGAGAUGCAGCUCCGCAAGCAGAGGUGUGAGGACAUGGUGGACGUGAGGAGGCUGAAGAUGCUACAGAUGGUCCAACUGUUCAAAUGUGAAGAAGACGCUUUACAGUCAGUAGAAUGGCUUGGCGAGCUGUUGGACGCCCUGUUGAAGACUCAUGUCCGACUGGGCGACGACACUCAGGAGACCAGGACCAUGUUGGACAAACACAGGAAGUUUGUGGACGUCGCUCAGAGCACAUACGAUUACGGCCGUCAGCUGCUGCAGGCGACCGUCGUCCUCUGUCAGUCUCUGCGCUGUACGACGCGCUCGUCCGGAGACACUCUGCCGAGACUCAACCGGGUCUGGAAACAGUUCAGCGUCAGCGGUGAGGAGAGACAGCAGAGACUGGAGCUGGCUCUGAACUUCCACACCGCCGCCGAGAGGGUGUUACAGCAGGAAUGUGUGGACCCAGAGUCUCUGGAUGAGGUCGACUCUACUGGGAAAAUUCUGCUGGACAGACUGACCAUGCCUGUUAUCUUCCCUGAUGGGACCGAGCAGUACUUUGGGAGUCCCAGCGACACGGCGGCGGCAGCGGAGGGCGUCAGGGAGCGCCUCAUGCUGGUGGAGGAGCGACGGCUGCAGCUGCAGGAAGGGGGGCUUCAUAAUGACAGGGUGGAGGAGGAGGGCGUGCUAAACGGGCAGGACGCACGGCUGGACGUGAUCGGAGAGGAACUGAGCGAGAAAGAGGAUCAAGAUGAGGAGGAAGAAGAAGAAGAAGAAGAGGAGGAGGAAGAGGAGGCGAGGCAGCAGGAUGAAGACUUAGAGAGGGCUACGCAGGACUGCUAGUGGAUCGCUAACGCCGUUAAACCGAGCAGCCUUAAUGAAGCUCGUUAACGAAGGGCUGCUGAGUCAUUUCCACCGGAACCUCCGAUUGGUUGCUUCUGUCUCCCAGUAGGUUAUCCUUACUGCCGGUAUUUCUUUACAUUAAGACCACAUUUUCCAUCAGCCUCACUGUUAACCCUUCCUGAAAGAGGAUAAACGUGUCGGAUGUGAUUCUUUAACUCCGUUCAGCAGAAACUGUGAGAGCUUUACCGCUGUCUGCUCUGGAACAAUAGCGCCCUCUAACUGCUUUUAUCUGCCGUUAAGCGAUCCAGCAGAUUUCGCAAAUGUAAAAUACUGGAAUUAUUAAUAUUCAUAUCUCUUGAUGCUCACUUGAUGGCGAUCGACUGUAAAAUAAUCAGUUUGGAUAAAAAUACUUAAUACUACUAAUGUACAGCUAACAUCGCAUCCUCUUUUCCCAGCAUGCCUCUCUAAGCGGGUGGAGCUUCCAUGGUGCUAACAUGGUUACCAAGGUUUCCGUCCGUGCCUCCUCCUCCGACUCAUCGCCUUUCUUGCUCCCUCGCGUCCUUUUUAUUUCCCGCCUCUAAGAGAAGAUGAACUUCGUGGAAGGGCGGAGCUACGGCAUAUCAUGUGUGCAAGCGACCUGAUCGUAAUCCUGCAUCAACAGUCCUGUGUACCUUUCGCCCAUAGACAUGUCAGGUGACUGUUGGAGCUUUUCAACACCGGGACGGACAUGAAACUCUCCCGGUUGAACCAUAUGUACAAAUUAGCUGAAAAAAAAACUGCUUUAUUGACAAAAACUGAAAAAUACAACACUGUAUUGUAUAACUUGAGGAGAGAAGUCAAUUACAAGUCCCAAAGAGCAUCGUGAAACCACAUAAAAAAACAGCAUUCAAUCAGCUUGAAGUUAAACAUUUUACAUUAUUUGUGAAAUCCUCUUGCAAGACAUCUGGGGAAAUUGGAAAAUAUGAAGUCUUCCUUUCAAAGUCAAAAUGAAAUAAAAAUUUUCCUCACAUCCACCUCAUUCUUAGCUCCAUGUAAGCGGUAUGCUUCCCCUUUCUCAGAGAUUUUGGGGAGAUAAAUGUGAUUUUACCUCUGCCUUAUCUUGGCAAUUACAGAUUUGACUUAGUGAAAAAGUCUGUGGGACUUGUAGUUGUAACAUUAACGUUUCCAUGACAUCUGUCAGGGACCAAGGGGCUCCGACCACUUUACUGCUCUAAAGAAACCCUCUGCCUUCACGAUGGAAAUCAAACCUGUGCCGCUUUGCUCUGAUCCAGACUGACAUCAGAAUAGGCCAGAUUCCUUUUUCUAUUUAUUGGACUUUUUGUCAAGCAACCCUUGCUGUAAUUGAUUGGUAUUUUUGACCAGAAAAUUGCUGCUGUAGGUGUAACCGCUAAAUACUGCGUCUUGCUUUCUCUCCUCUCCGUCCAAUAAUAUAUACAUAUGACAUCAUCCUCUAAAUAAAGAAGCGUUUUGAAGUUGC